UGACACAAUUUUCAUCAUCAAAAGAGCCUGCAUCUGAAUUGUCCCCUGCAUCAACACUAGCGUCAGCAGUAACAGUGAAUUCAUCAGCAACCCAUCCAACCACAGUGAAAGAAUCAACUACACCGGCCUCAUCAGAAACCUAUCCAUCCCCACAGAGUACAUCAAUAAAUUCUUCAACAUUCGAAAACAACCCAACAACAGCACAGGUGUCAUCCAUAACUGGGUCUUCUUCAGAAUCCUUUCCAAAAGCAACAGAAGCUUCAUCAAGCAUUGAAACCCCGUUACAGACCAGUCAGGGAUCAUCACAUCCAACAGUGACACAAGUCUCAUCAACAUCUGUGUCUCUACUGGACAGCAGUCAGGGAGCAUCACAAAUAACCGUUUUAGGACAAUCGUCAUCUGAAUCUCAUUCAGCAACAACUCCAUUGAUACACACGACUCAUUCUUCAUCAGAAACACAGCCAACAAGGAUACAAUCAGUAUCCAGUACUGACCGCUCAGCAGGAAGUACUUCAGGAGAAGCACCAGAGUCUCCAGUAACUGAGACAUCAUCACAAACACAUCCAACAACAAGGAACAUGUCUAUCAAAACUUUGAAAUCAUCAGAAAGCAAUCCAACAAUGACACAAGUGUCAUCAAUAACUAAGACUUCAUCAGAAAUGCAAUCUACAACAUCACAGCUGUCAACAGCGACACAGAUUUCAUCACUGACCCACUCAACUGAAAACAAAUUUUCUUUGCUCGCGUCAUCCUCAACUGAAACCCCUCUAUCUGCACACACAUCAUCAGUGACACUUGCUACAGGAGGAUCCAAUCUAACAACAUUGCAAUUCUCAUCAAGACCUGAGUCUUCAUCACAAUCCCAGGCUGUACAUACCCACCAAUCAUCAAUAAGUGAGACAUCACCAGAAUUGUAUCCACCAACAACACAGACAUCAGCAGUAAUAAUAUCUUCAUCAGAGACACAUCCAACAACUGAACAAAUGUCAUCACUGGCAAUGUCUUCAUCACUGAUCCACUCAACACCUCAAGGAUCAUUCGAAACUGCGUCCAGUUCAACCACCGCACAGGUACCAUCAAUAACUGGCUCUUCAACAGAAUUAAGUCAAACAACUUUACAAGUGUCAUCGAUCACAAAACAUUCAGCACUGACUGAACAAAGUAACACAUUCUCAUUGAUAACUGGGUUUUCAUCAGGCACCAAGACAAGUACAACGCAAAUAUCUUCAACAACGCAAACUUCAUCAGAGUUGUCCUCUGCACCAACACAUGGGUCAUUUGUAACACUGAAUUCAUCACCAAACACUCUAAUCACAAUGAAAUCCUCCACUGUUACACCAGACCUAUCAGAAAACUAUUUGUCAGCACAGAGUGUGUCAAGGAAUUCAUCAAUAUCAGAAAACAAUUCCACAACAGCACAAGUCACAUCCAUAACUGAGCAUUCUUCGGAAUUGCACCCAAUAGUGACACAAGUCUCAUCAAUAACUGAGUCUCCAUCAGAAACCAGUCAGGGAUCAUCACAAGUAGCCUCAACAGUCUCAUUGGUAACUGGGUCUUCACCGGGAAGCCACUCAACAGUGACACAAUUUUCAUCAUCAACAGAGCCUGCAUCUGAAUUGUCCCCUGCAUCAACACAAGCGUCAGCAGUAACAGUGAAUUCAUCAGCAACCCAUCCAACCACAGUGAAAGAAUCAACCACACCGGCCUCAUCAGAAACGUAUCCAUCCCCACAGAGUACAUCAAUA